CCGUGGACGGGAUGCCAGUCUAUCACAGGGCACAGGAGAGGGGGACACCGUGGACGGGAUGCCAGUCCAUCACAGGGCACAGGACAGGGGGACACCGUGGAGCAUUUACAAUUAUCCCAAAAUUUCCAAUGUUCCACCAAGGCAAGUCCUUUUUAGAUGGUGUAUCCAGUGCCACUGUAAUAGUUAUGGGGUUUUGGUUUGCAGUUGGAGGGAACAUCUACUUUACUGUAGCUGGAACUCUGUAAAUCCUGCCUUGAGCUGGUUAAUCAUGGUACAUGGUACAUGGUACAUUCAGAUUUUCAGAUGUUGGGGCAAGGGAUUGCCUUCCAUUCUCCCAGGGUUCCGUGCCGGUCCAUUGAGUAACCACGGCGACCGGGGCUGACCACACGACUGUGUCCUCUCUGUGUUCCGCAGGGAUGACGGUCAAAGAGGAGAUGCUCACUGCCAGCCAGAGAUGCUUUGCCGUAAGGAGGGUCCCAAGCCUGCUGGAAUAUUUGAGCUAUAACUGCAAUUUUAUGGGGAUCCUGGCGGGACCCACAUGUUCCUACAACGACUACAUCGCCUUUAUCGAAGGCACCGCCUACCACCUCAAGCAGCUAGAGUCCAACGGGAAGGAGAACGGGAAGUACAAGCAGAGGGACCCCUCACCUAAGAAGGAUGUGAUCUAUAAGCUGUGCGUCUGUGCUGCGUCGCUGCUGGUCUACCUGUCCGUCUUCCGGGUGUGUUCCGUGGAGCGCAACAUCCAGGACGACUUCAUCGCCAGCACGCCCUUCUACCUGCAGGUUGGCUACCUCUACCUGUCCAUGUUGGCCACCAGACCGAAGUACUACUUCGUCUGGACUCUCGGUAAGCUAUAGGGUUUCCCUCGAUUCAGCCAUUUUCGUGUAAAUUUUUCACACUUCAAAAUUGUACGUAUUUUUCAUGCAGGGGCGGAGUUUUGUUUAAAGCAGCAGGCAACAAUGUGGGAUUUGUCUAAUGUGAAGACAUUUAAGUAUGAUCCAGAGCAACUUUUUCGGUACAUACUACCUUUGAUUGUUGCAGAGCAGCAAGUGUUUCCCCUCAUGACCCCACGUCGUAAUUACCUAGAGCUAGCUACCAAAAUCUGGAGG